AUGAACAACUACACGACUGUGGUAGAAUUUGUCCUGCAGGGACUCUCUGGGGACCCUGAGCUCCAGACUCUGUUCUUGUUCUUUUUCUUCCUUCUUUACAUCCUGGCUCUCGUAGGAAACACCAUCAUCAUCAUGGCCAUCAGCCUGAACCCAAGUCUCCACACCCCCAUGUACUUCUUCCUUGCAAACUUGGCCCUAUUGGACAUCUUCUGCACAUCCACUGUUCUUCCCAAGCUGCUGGAGGGCCUGGUGGGCAAGGGCAGCCGUAUCUCUUACAAGGGAUGCAUGACCCAGCUCUUCUUUCUGACCUGGUUUCUGGGGGCUGAGCUGCUCCUGCUCACUGCCAUGGCCUAUGACCGCUAUGUGGCCAUCUGCCACCCCCUGCGCUACAGCCUGCUGAUGAACUGGCCUGUCUGUGUCUUGCUCGCAGGCUGUGUGUGGAUGUUUGGCUCAAUCAGCGGAUGUGUAAACACUGGCCUGACAGCACAGCUCAAUUUCUGUGGGCCCAACCAAAUUCAUCACUUUUUGUGUGAAGUCCCACCACUGCUGCUUCUCUCUUGUAGCCCAACCACCCUGAACAACAUCAUGAUUGUCAUCGCAGAUGUUUAUUUUGGUGUGAUCAACUUCCUGUUGACCUUGAUCUCCUAUGGCUUCAUUAUUGCCAGCAUCCUGCGCAUCCGCUCAGCUGAGGGCAAGAAGCGUGCCUUCUCCACCUGCUCUGCCCACCUGGUGGUGGUUACACUGUACUACUCC